AUGCGAAUACAUCUCCCAUUACAUCCUUCUCAAUUCUCGAGUCCAUCUUCAACACCUGCUGGUUCUUCUUCUGCUUCACCCCUGGUUCAAUUGGGAGGUGAUUUGGUCAUUGUUGAAUUACAAGGGGAACUGAAUUACGAAGGUGAUAAAUCCGAUGGCGUGAUUGGUGUGAUCGGUUUAGACCGACCUGAUAAACCCACAUUACAUCUCGGACCACAUCAUCUCCUCCAUGGUAAAUUCGUCAAUAUCCAAAAACCCUAUGCUGUUAUAAGGAAAGUGGUAGGUACCCAAUCUACCUCGAAGACAAAUGAGGGAAUUGGAGGUGUGGCGUUGGAAGGUGAUGUCAAUCAAGAAGAAUCAGAUACAUCCUCUUCAUCUUCCUCUUCCUCAUCUUCAUCCUCAUCUGACGAAGAAGAAGAAGAAGAAGGGAAUCUGUUCGGAAACGGAGUGGGAAAUCCAUCUACACCGCGACAAUCGAAUCGAGAUCGAAAGGGCAAAGGGAAAGCAAAAGAAAUGUCAAUACCAUUCAAUUCAAGUCCGAUAUACGAACCACGAACUCCAAUGGAUUAUUCAUCAGAAUUAGAUUAUUCAUCUCCUGCCAGAUCUGAUAUCGAUGAAUUUGGAUUUCCACGUUCACCUCUUCAAAACGAAGAUGACGAUGACGAUGACGAUGACGACAAUGAUGGCGAUGAAGAUACGAGACCUUCGAAGAGAAGUAAAUUGUCCAAGGAGAAAUCAGGCAAGAGCAAGGAUAGCAGUAAAAUGAAGGAUAAAGACAAGAAGAAUAGACACAAUGUUCAAGUCAAAGAUAACACCAGGACGAGAUAUUAUGAGGUUGUCGGUGUUGUAAGGAGGAAGGUUGUCUUUGCUCUUCGACCCGAACCUCUAGUAGCACCUACCAUACUACCGGAGUAG